CCCGGACCGGGGCGUGAACCCAUGUCCCCUGCAUCGGCAGGUGGACUCUCAACCACUGCGCCACCAGAGAAGCCCGCAAAUUGUAUUUUGAGAUCCUCGGAAGAAAGGUGCUCCAAGCAUCUGAGAGAAUACUAUUGGGGGUGGUAUUUAUAAGUUUGUAAGCUAACACUGAAAUUUUAAAAUAAGUGUUGUCUCUAGUUUGUACUGACGGGGAAACUGAGGCACGGGGGAUUAAAUGACAGGGCCAAGGUUACAAAAUGAGUUAUUGACAGCUCCGGAAACUGAAGAUCUUUCUUAUUUACAUACCAGAUAGAGCAUGGGUGGUGUCAGCCAAAGUUGCUCUCGUGCUGUUUCCUUCCAGACGAUUCAUUCCUAUCCUUUGGGGCUUGCCUCCAAGGGUGAGAAGGUAGUUCAGGUUCCACAGCCUGAAGUCCUUAGUCUCUCUGCAGAGGCUUCCAACAAGCUGCCAAGUUACUGCCAAAAGUGAGACAGGUGCUAUUUUUUUUAUGACGUUGGCCCCAGACAGAGACUGCUACUGAUUCUCCUCAGGCUACUCUUUGCAGAGCUGAAGGAUGGUAUCAGCUUUGUGAUGGCUGACCAGGGUAGGAUCUAUGCAAGUAAAUGCAGUGAACAGUCUCUGUCCUGUUGUCAUAGCUAGGGCUGUCUGGUCUUGGAGUAUCCUGAAGGUGAGGGAUGGAUUGUGCCCUGGACUUGCACACCUGUAUUUUGAGGAAAUGCCCUACAUGACCUUUCCUGUGUGUUGAGAUGAAAGUCUAGAGGUCCUGGAACUGCACAUGAUGCCUGAAGAGCCACUUAAAGGGCCCUCCGCCAGGGCCCCAACCGUGUCUUGUUCCUGGAUGCCAGAUGGGGGCCUCCAUGAACACAGACCUCCAAGGCCUAGAGAGGGGGAAACUGGAGGAGGGAGGUUUGAAUUCAGCCGUCAGGAGUGAAAGAGGUGAGCAGGAGGCUUGGGUGAGGGAUCAGGAGCCACAGACCAGAUGAACUGACUUUGAGAAAAGUUAUUUCAUGUGGAUGAAAUGAAGCUAUUGAUCCAUUAAUGUUUAAGGAAUUUGAAACAUCCAUUAAAAUAUAAAGUGAAUUAAAUGACUGAUUUUCAAGGGAAGGGCAUCCCCAAGAAAUAGCAUGGGGAGUGGCAUCUUUAACCAAAAAGAAAAAGAAACAGGGACUGUGGGGUGGUUAUGAGGGACAUGGAAACAGCCGAGAUGGUCCCAAGAGGCAUAAUUUCUAAGAGGCUUUAACACCUGUUACCCUGCCUAUAGUGUGGUUUUAGAGGUAAGUACAAACUGGUUUUGUUUGUAGCUUUGGUGUGGAAUCAGGUAGUGUUGUCUGCUGAGUGUACACCUUUACUUCAUUAACUACAAGUAACAGUGAUUCUAUCUUACAUUCUAGGAGUUUUAUUCUAAAUUAGCAAUAUGACUUUCAUCUCUUGAGUUGUUUUUAAAUUGUUUUUAAUUUGUGAUUGAGUCUUCAUGAGCUUUAGUGUGUCAUCGGGGAAUAGUUGAUCUCUUUUCUUGUGAGACCUUUUAAUUUCAUUUACCCUUAGUGUGGAUAAGUGUCAGAAAAUUGAAAUGUACACGGGUAUGAUUAUGUUUGCUCCCCUUUAAGGAAAGCAGCCCUGUUGACUUUAAAAGGUCACAGUGAAACACUUCAUUAUGACAGAGGGGUUAUGGUUGUGAUAGUUUGAUCCACAAACUAUUUGCACGUAUGUUGCUUCCUGCGGGUGGUCCCAUUUUAUAGGAUAGAAAUAUGGUAGCAGCCUAGUAAAAGUGAAUUUGCUUAGUUCAUUUUUGAAAGGCUUUUGGAUAGUUGAAACAAAAUGGCAAAUAGGCCCAUAGACCAGUUACAAAGUAAGACUAGAUUUGAAAUUGGGUACAGAUUCCUCUCUUCCUCCUGCUUUCUGAAGGAAUUUUGUAUUAUCACUUAGUUUUUAGAAUAAUGAUUGUUUCUGUUCUCUUUUCCUCACUCCAGUAUGUGAAUAUUCCUUCAGAGAUGGGCUGGUAUUUUCUUAAUGAUUUGUUAUCUUUCUCUGUUUUCCUAGACUGGUGUUAAAAUUUUGAUAACUGACAUGCAGGUUUGGUUCCACUAUUAGCUUAGAGGAUGUUCACAGCUUACUAGUACACACCAGAUGCAGAAGUGGUAUUUCUUGCCAUUUAAUAUUUCUCAUAAGAUGCCAAUAUUCAUGUGGGCAUUUGUCUUCCACAGCAUAUAAUUUGAUGUAACUGAUUUUCUGUGCUAGAGCUUGUGUUUCUCAAACUGUUUGCUCUGUGGACCACUUCUUUCCACUGGUGUGGAGAUAGUAGAACAUGGUGUUGGAGUGUUGAUUUUAGGUUAGGACCUAGGGUUGAAGAAUCCCAGGUGUUGGGUAGCCUUUACUUAACUGCUGUAAGCGUUCAUUUCUUCAUCUAUGAGAUUAUCAGUAAAUCUCAGAGUUGUGAACAUUAUUGUAAAGGAUUUUGAAAAGGGAAAGAGUCCUGGUGGGCUAGAGUAGUCAUGUUAAUAGUGGUUUGGAGUUAAAUCAGAUCAUAGAUGGCUGUCAUCUGCAAAGUAGUUUUCUGGUUGCUGCCAUAAUCUUUGUAUAAUUGGAAGUCUGUAAACUUUAUAGCAUUCUUUGAUUUCUCAUCCAUUUUUUUCCCACACCAUUCAUGCUUAUAUUUUUUGGUCCCGGUCACCAUUCCUUACAAAACUAAUUAAAUGCAUUCUUAAAUACAUAAUACUGUCAAUAUCCAUUCACAUCUACCACCUCUAGGCCAAACCUUCCAUCAUCUCUAUGCUGGUCUAAUUUUUGCUGAGCCUUAAAACCAAAGACAGAUUCCAGGGGUUAAUAUGGGGCCUCCAGAAUGGGGAUUGCACAGAAUAAUCUUAUUUUUCCUCUAUUCUUCUAGUCUGUUAUGUUCUGAACCCACACAUGUUUUCGGAAGGACCAGAUGGCUGACACUGGCUAAUGGGAACCAAAAGACGAGUGAAAGUAACCUGGUUGUCACAUACUCCAAGCUUAGGGGUGCUUCACCUGCCCCAAGAUCAAUUUCUUUUUUCCUCUGGAGAAUUGACCCAGCUGUAUCAAAAAACGUUAAUACAGCCUGGCUUAUCUAAGGUUAGAUUAUCAAGUCAAGCAGCAGCAUUUGUUGAAUUUCAAAGGAUUGUGCUCAGGACUGUGGGAGAAAAGAAACAGCUGCCUUUACAAAGGCACUGUGACCUUGUGGUUAAGAGCUUGGGUUUUGGAGUCAGAUGGACCUGGGUUCUAAUCCAGCUAUACCGCUUAGGAGCGCCUUGACUACAAGCCAGUUGCUUAGCCUCUCCCAGUCUCAUUUUUCUCAUUGUAAAAUGGGAGUAAUAGUAGUAGUAGUAGUGCAUUCUUCGCAUAUGAUAUGAGGAAUGAAUGAAAUAUUAUAGAUGAAUUAUUUACUGUGUGCCAGGCACUCUUCUAAAUAUUAGCCUUUGUUAAUAUUAAAGAGCUCAUAAUCAAAUGAGAGGAUAAGCACAAACGAAAAAGAACAAGGCUUGAAAGGUCAACAAAACAUUAUCAUGUAAAACAUAAAAUUGAGUAGAAGUGCUAAUGCUAAAGACAGUGCUAAAAUGCUUAGAGUCCGGCAAGUUUCUGAGACUUCAUGAAAGAGAAUUCUCAAGUCUAUGGAAGAUGGUUGCUGUGAUUCACCUUGCAUAAUCAAGGCAUUCCAGGUUUAGAGAAUGGCAUCAACAAAGAUCUUUAGGAGUCAGUAUAGACCUCUGAGCAAAAGAAUGAUAAAGCAGCAGACUUUCCCCACUACAUUUAAAGAGACAAGUUGACUAAGUAAAAAUAGCCAUAUUCUUGAACGAAGGAAGGUGAUCACACAGGAAGAGACCGCCCUGGGGGCCCAGCAGAAAGAGCACACUGUAAAACUAGACAGUGCACUAAGUGGGCAACCAGAGAAGAACAGCCAAAGGCAAUGACAGUGUUUUUAGGAGUGAAUCAGGUGGUCAGGGGACCGAGAAGAGAGGAAUCAUGAGGUAGGUUUUCUUCUUUGAAGGUGGGGAAAGAUCAAGUGCAGACUGAGCUGUGGCCAACGUUUGCAGACCAGGAAUCCACACUAGCUCUAAGCAAAGAGCCCUUGGUGUGCGGGAACUGCCAGUUUGCCGACGCGAAAAGAGCCCCAGACUGGGUACUGGUGAGCCCUGAAGCCGCACCCCAGCUCUGCCACUCAGUGAGCACGGGUAAGUCAUCCACCUUCCACGGGUGGCCGUGAUGGCCCUCCCUCCUGAGGCCAAAGAGAGGGAGGCCGGAAUGCCCAGAGCAGCCUCCUUCCUGUCUCAGGAUCAAAAGGAUCUCAGGAACCCACUUCGUGUGGUAGGAGCUCCUAGUGGUGGGUUAUAAACAACCCUCGGUUACUGGGAUAGUCAAAUUGCAACCAUAAUCCGUGACUCAGAGCAGUGAAUGUGAUAUUGGUUAAUUCUACUUGGAGGGCCUGACCACUGCUUCCCUGGAAUUUUGCAGACCUUUGGAAUCGGGGGCACUUACAUGGUUGUCACUCACAAGCAUUCUCUGAGUUGGCCUCACCUGAGCACUAGAGAGUUGGUUGCAGAAGUGUCUUUCUGCAGUUUACCAAGCACUUUAUGCAGAGAGCGAGAACUUCCAUUUUUUAUUACUAUCCUGUUAGUGUGCCCUAACUUUUUUCACCUCAUAACACAAGCUGGCUGAAGCCUAGGAUCAACACUGAGUGCUUUGAAAGAGAGCUGUUUGAUUCCUGUUCACUGAAUGCCGUUUCUUUCAGGGUAGAUUUAAGGGCUCUGCCCUUAAAGUACAUUGCUGUUGACCCUAGUUUCAGGGUUCAAGCCACCCCAUGGGUUAACUUCAACAGAUGAAAAUUUUUCCUUGGCUACAGCAACAUCCCUAAUCCUGACCAGCCAUGGAGAGGUUCGGUUCUUGCAAGGAAAAUGAGUGAAUGUGGGAAUGGCUCACCACAUUGGGAAAACAAAACUCACAUCCUGCUGAUGGUUGGCUGAGGACUGUCAUGUCCACAUACAAAGAAAAGCAUGUGGCACAGUUUUAGGACAAAGAUACGGGUUUGUGGAGUUUGAUGAUCUGCGAGACGCAGAUGAUGCGGUUUAUGAGCUGAAUGGCAAAGACCUUUGUGGUGAGCGAGUAAUUGUUGAGCAUGCCCGCGGCCCGCGACGGGAUGGCAGUUACGGUUCUGGACGCAAAUCCUUUGAGGCUAAGAUGACUGCCUGUUCCAUUUGCUGACCUUGGGUUACCUUUCCAUGCGUGGCUCUUUGAACCAUUGUGGCCCUUGGCUGACCAAAAACAGGAAGCCAUGUGACGACCGCAACCUUUCCCCAUUAGACCUGGGUGGUGGAUAUGGUUAUAGAAGAAGUGGCCGAGAUAAAUAUGGCCCUCCUACCCGCACAGAAUACAGACUUAUUGUGGAGAAUUUGUCGAGUCGGUGCAGCUGGCAAGACCUAAAGGAUUAUAUGCGUCAGGCGGGAGAAGUGACCUAUGCAGAUGCUCACAAGGGACGCAAAAAUGAAGGGGUGAUUGAAUUUGUGUCUUACUCUGAUAUGAAAAGAGCUUUGGAAAAGUUAGAUGGAACUGAAGUCAAUGGCAGAAAAAUCAGAUUAGUUGAAGACAAGCCUGGUUCUAGACGACGCCGGUCCUACUCCAGGAGCCGGAGUCACUCAAGAUCUCGCUCUCGAAGCAGACAUUCUCGUAAGAGCAGAAGCCGAAGUGGCAGCAGCAAAAGCAGUCAUUCUAAGAGUAGAUCCCGAUCCAGGUCAGGCUCCCGUUCCCGGAGCAAGAGCCGCAGCCGCAGCCAGAGCCGCAGCCGCAGCAAGAAGGACAAGAGCCGGAGCCCCAGCAAGGACCAGAGCCGGAGCCGCAGCCGCAGCGCCGACAAGCGCCGCAGCAAGAGCAAGGACCAGGCCGAGGAGAAGGUCCAGAACAGCGACAGCACCGGCAAGUCCAAGAGCCGCAGCCCCAGCAGGCAGAAAAGCAAGAGCAAAAGCAGAAGCCGCAGUCAGGAGAGGGGCGCGCAGGAGAAGCGGGGCAGCGUGAGCAGGAGCCGGAGCCAGGAGAAGAGCCUGCGCAAGAGCCGCAGCCGCAGCCAAGGAGGCAGCCGCAGCCGCAGCCGCAGCAAAAGCAAGGACAAGAGGAAGGGGAGGAAGAGGAGCAGGGGGGAGAGCCGCAGCCGCAGCCGCAGCCACAGCCGCAGGAAGCGAGGCGGCAAGCGAGACAGCAAGUCGGGCAGCAGCAAGAAGAAGAAGAAGGAAGACGCCGACCGCUCCCAGUCCAGAUCGCGAUCCCGCUCGGGCUCGAAGGAGCGGGAACACGCCAAGUCUGAGUCUGGCCAGAGGGAAGGCCGAGGGGAGAGUGAGGAUGCUGGCACCAAUCAGGAGACCCGGUCCAGGUCGAGGUCCAAUUCCAAAUCAAAACCAAACCUCCCAUCAGAAUCACGCUCCAGAUCAAAGUCCGCGUCAAAAACCCGAUCCCGGUCCAAGUCUAGAUCCAGGUCUGCGUCCAGAUCGCGCUCCCGGUCUAGAUCUAGGUCCCACUCAAGGUCCUAACUGGCUACGACCACAGCUGGAACUACCCGAGAAGUCUUUUGUACAUGUUUGGUAGCCGUAGCACAAGUGAUUGAAGUAGAACAUAUGUCACUGCUGUACAUUUUUAACUCCCCUAAUGGUGUGUCUACAAUUGUUAAGUCUAAGCGCUUCCUCUCCGUAAAGCCUCCUGGCGUCAGGCCUUCCUGCUUGACUGAAAGCAGUCUUCUCUUUGAAAACCCCCUUUACUCAUGGCCCACAGUAGAAUAUCCAAAAUGCCUUGGCUUUGAGGCCUGGCCUUUCCUACAGGGAGCUCAGUACCUGGAUGUCUUUAAGGCUGGAAUGAUGACAUAGGUAGGUAUGGUGAGUUCAACCAUUUUGCCCUUGAAUUGAUGCCCUUUGAUGUAUGCCAUUUAGUGAAAGUGCUAAGUCUUAAGUUUCCUCCCACUUUGGUUUCAUAUUUUUGGACUUAACAAAGUUGUGAAUAGCACAGUCGAGGAAAAUUGAUACCUGCAGUAACCCAUAGGAAAUAAACUGUAGAGUUCCAUAUUCUGGUAUUGUGAUUAUAUUGUUUUAUAUUAAAAAAGAAAAGAAAAGAAUUUUUUUUAAUUUUAUUUUUCCCCGUCUUGCAAAGUAUAGUGACCCCUGUUUCCAUUAAAUUUGAAUAAAGACUAUUUUUGCUUGACAAAAUUUCAUGGUGCUU